AGACUUAAUCUACCAUCUGAGUGGGAGACGGCAGUUGUGCAACAGACAGGUGCUGUAGCACAAUGAUUCGAAGGCUGGCUGCUUUGAUUCUUCUCAGUACAGUAUGUCAAACAAUUUCUCACCAGUUCUCUGUGACUGUCAUUCAACCUGGUGAUGAUUUUCACAUGGUAUGUUCAAUCUUGGGGAAUAAAGCCGGGUUGUUUUACUGGUACAAGCUGAAGUUUGGAAACAUGGUUGAAAAAGUUUCAGGAGGAAGUUUUCAAAGCCUGAAACUUGAGGAACAAUUUAGAAACUCUAGAUUUGAAGUCACACAGGAGGAGACAGUCACAGGCACGGAUACUCUGUUUUCUCUCAACAUCAGAAAUGUAAGCAAAGAGGAUGAAGCCACGUACUUCUGUCAAGCUGGAACAGCAUAUGAAAUGAAAGUUAUCAAUACUACUCUCUUGAAUGUGAAUGAUCAUAAAAAUCACCAGAGAUCAGUCUACGUGAGCCAGAGACCAGAGACCCAGUCGGUCCAGGAGGGCGCCUCAGUGGAUCUCCAGUGUUCACUUCUCCACAAGUACAAAGAAACCAGAGUCCAGUGUCCAGGUGAACACAGCGUGUACUGGUUCAGAGCUGGAUUCGAAGAAUCUCAUCCAGGUGUUAUUUACACUCACAAUAACAUGAGAUUUAAACAAGGGGAGAGAAGCUGUGUCUACAGUCUGUCCAAAACUAUCCAGGACUCCUCUGAUGAAGGGACUUACUACUGUGCUGUGGCCACAUGUGGAGAAAUCCUGUUUGGUGAAGGAACUACAGUGGAGACAAAAAAAGAACCGAACCCAUUGUACAUCGUGCUCGGGGUGCUGCUGCCUUACUGUGUGUUUGUGACUGCUGCCCUAAUUAUCUCCAGAAGCCGAUGGCCACUUUGUAAACAAUGCAAAGGAGAAAUAACGGCAAACAGUCAAGCUGAACAUCCCAGAUCUGCUGAGGAUCGACCAACCUAUGAGGAUGGUGAAGAGAACUCCCUGAACUAUGUAGCGCUGGAUUUUGCAUCGAGGAAAACGCAAAGGUGGACAAAGACCAGGGAGUUACCAGAGGACUGUACAUACUCUGGUGUCUCCACGGGGAAUGUAUAAACUGAAGACAAGCUGCAUUAUUGUUUGCCUGGGUGACCCAAGAAUAAAUGUUUAUUUCUA